AUGAGCGAGGAGGCGGCGGCGGCGGCGCGGGCGGGAGUGGAGGAGUCCAUCGGGCGGCGGCCGCGGCGGGAUGGGCGCGGGGAGGCGGCGGCGGGGCGGGUGUGGGAGUUCGAGAGGGGUCUGGUGGCCGGGGCGCUGAUGGGGGGCGCCGUGCACACCGUGGUGGCGCCGAUCGAGCGCGUCAAGCUGCUGCUGCAGACGCAGGACGGCAACGCCGCGCUGCUGGGCAGGGCGCGCAGGUUCCGGGGCUUCGCCGACUGCGUCGCGCGCACCGUCCGGGACGAAGGUGUGCUCUCGCUCUGGCGCGGCAACGGCACCGCCGUCAUCCGGUACUACCCCUCCGUCGCCCUCAACUUCUCACUCAAGGAUCUGUACAGAAGCAUACUGAAAGAUGCUGGAACCUCAGCAGACAAUAAGUUCACUUCUAUUGCUCUUAGCAACUUCCUUGCUGGUGCUGCUGCUGGAUGUACUACCCUGGUCCUCAUCUAUCCACUCGACAUUGCUCACACUCGUCUUGCAGCUGAUAUCGGACGUACAGACACCCGCCAGUUCAGAGGCAUUCGCCACUUCAUCCAAACCAUCUACAAGACAAACGGCAUCAGAGGCAUCUACAGGGGAUUACCAGCGUCACUCCAGGGGAUGGUCGUUCACCGGGGUCUGUACUUUGGCGGCUUCGACACUGCCAAAGAUGUCCUGGUGCCUCUUGAGUCCCCCCUGUGGCAGCGCUGGGUUGCAGCGCAGGCCGUGACAUCCAUGGCAGGGCUCAUCUCGUACCCACUGGACACGGUGCGGCGAAGGAUGAUGAUGCAGUCAGGGAUGGAGGUGCAGAUGUACAGCAGCACACUCGACUGCUGGAGGAAGAUAUACAGGCUGGAGGGGAUCCGAUCAUUCUACCGCGGUGCACUGUCUAACAUGUUUAGGAGCACUGGUGCAGCCGCCAUACUCGUUUUGUAUGAUGAGGUCAAGAAGUUCAUGGACAGGGGUAGGUUGUAA